UCUCCUGUCCAAAGCAGGAGCACCCUCCAUUCCCCUGCUUUCUGCAGGAACCGGCCUCACCCAGCGGCAUCUACGCUCUGUCCUCCCAGCCAGCAGAUGCCCCCAGACCCCCCGGCUCCUCCUCCUCUGCCGUCACAGCCUCGUCCUCUCCCCCUCCUUCCUGUUGCUGCGAUCCGGGCCCUGGGGCUGCGGGCGCCAAAGCGCCGAGGCUUCCUGGAGCGCCUGGCCAGGAUGGCAUUAGCCCUGUGUCUGCAGGUGCUGUGCAGUCUGUGUGGCUGGCUCUCACUCUACACAUCUUUCUGCCACCUGAAUAAGCACCGAAGCUAUGAGUGGAGCUGCCGGCUGGUGACAUUCACCCAUGGAGUCCUCUCCAUAGGCCUCUCAGCUUAUAUUGGCUUCAUUGAUGGCCCAUGGCCUUUUACUCAUGCAGGAUCACCCAACACACCUCUCCAAGUUCACGUUCUGUGUCUCACCCUGGGCUACUUCGUCUUUGACUUGGGUUGGUGCAUCUACUUCCAGUCUGAGGGUCCCCUGAUGCUGGCUCACCACACAUUGAGCAUCUUGGGCAUCAUCGUGGCCCUAGUGCUUGGGGAGUCGGGCACAGAGGUCAAUGCAGUCCUCUUUGGAAGCGAGAUCACCAACCCCUUACUGCAGUUGCGCUGGUUUCUUCGUGAAACAGGGCACUAUCACAGUUUCACUGGAGACGUGGUGGACUUCCUCUUCGUGGCUCUGUUCACUGGAGUGAGGAUUGGUGUAGGAGCUCGCCUCCUUUUCUGUGAAAUGGUUUCACCCACACCCAAGUGGUUUGUAAAGGUUGGGGGAGUAGCCAUGUAUGCUGUGUCUUGGUGUUUUAUGAUUAGCAUCUGGCGCUUUGCAUGGAAGAAAAGCAUCAAAAAGUAUCACGCCUGGAGAAGCAGGCGGAGUGAGGAGCGGCAGCUGAAGCAUAAUGGACAUCUUAAGAUACACUAAUGAAGGCUUGCUCCAGAUAGCAGAAUGGGUGAAGUCAGCCAUGGGAACCGGGUUGGAAAUAUGACUGAUACAGAAUCGUGCUUCUAACAAACUUAGGUUUCCAAAAAGGGCUAAAAUUAUUGAUCACUUUGGUCAGUCUUCAAGCUGAGCAUACAGUAUUAAAACACUAGCUUCCACAGUGACAUGGUUGUUGAAACUGAGGAUUGUCAGUUGGUAGAGGUCAGCUCUGUGAGGUGAGAACUGCUGGCAUUCCUUUUUGUGUGGUGAACCUAGGUCCUCUUGUCCCAGGAAGGCUUGAUAUGCAGACAGCUUUGAAAGCAACCUGGAAAAGAUAAGUACUGUUUCUUUUUCCUUUGAAGAAGUAACUUCUUCCGUGUAUACUUAUUCCUGCUUCUCAUGUAGCAAUCUGUGGAACUUUACUACAUAAACUGUUAAGUGAGGGACUUCGAGGAAGAACAUGCUUUUGACAUUCUGAACACUGGCUCAGGAAAUUGGAUCUGCUUUAAAAAGGAGAAUGUUUAUAUUUACUGUGUCAUAGGUCCCUGAGACCACCCCCAGUUCCAUGGUUCACUAGCAACAUUUACAGAACCCAUCAUACAGUCUUACAGCUUUGAUCUAUGAUAGUGAAAGGACACAAAGAAAAAUCAGCAAAGGGAAAAGGUACUGGGGGCAAAGUCCCAGUGAAACCAAGCACAAACUUCUUGAGUCCUCUGCCAUUUGGGUCCUGCAGGAUGUGCUUAAUUCCUCUCGUAUGGACUUCUGACAAGCUUUCCUACCAGGGAAAGUCAUGAAGAAUGUGGUGCCCAAGGUUUGUGUUGGGCACCGGUCAUAUAGGCAGCCUCUGCCUGGAACAUAGCAAAAUUCAAAACACCCAGCAGGAAAGCAGGCAUUCACCAUAAGCCAUAUUGUUUGCCCAGACAGUUUAAGUGCAGUUGCCAGUUGUAUCAGUUAAUGCCUAGAGCCUGACCCACCCUUCGGAAAUCUUAGUUCUCAGAUGCCGGCCAUGGGCCAACCUUGCAAGCAGUCCUUUCCAAGGAUAGUAGUUCAGGCCUGCUACAUUAACUCUUUUCUGCAUAAAAAUCAUACAGCUGGGGGUUUGGAUGCAAGAUGAAUGAAGUGUGGGUAGAUUUACCAAGUCCUGUUGUACGGGUUCUGCCCUACCAGGAAAACUAUGCCAGUUCUCAGGGCUUUUGUGCAUUAAUCUCCUAGGCAUGAGAGGCCAUGACUAAAUUCCAUAGGGAUUUACCAUGUGGAUUCCACUGUGCUUGAGAUGGGAGUUCAGGUUACAGCUUGGCUGUACAUAAUUGCAAACUAGAACCAAAGACUGUAGUGUGGGUACUGGUCUCAGGGUGAUGAGGCUAAUUUUUAGAAAUUCUUUUUUUUUUUUUUUUUGGUAAAUUU